AUGGAAAGUGUUCUCAACUCUAUGAUAAAAGGCUCCUUAUUAAUAUUACUCGCUAGUACUAAUACUGUAAGCUCAACUAAAAUUGUAAAUUUAGUCGUACCUGAAGUGGUACAGAGCGGCACUGAUGUCAUUUUGGACUGUCAAUAUUAUGUGCCUGAUGGUAAUUUUGUGUUACAAUGGUUGUUCAAUGGAAAUAACACAUCUGUCUACAAGUGGAGCCCUCUCCACAAAAUGCCCGAGGUCACUGGCAUACUAGAAGAACACCUGGAUCUUUUUUUAAACAGUUCACGAACACUGAAACUGGCAGAUGAAGGAAGAAAACUUCGACUAGUUCGAGUGGAGCCACACUUGAGUGGCGAAUACACGUGUGUCCUUGAAAGCAAAGGCGUUGUAACCAGGGAGACAAAGAGCAUGCUAGUUUAUAGUACAGAGCAAGAGUUGGAUCUCAAUGUCAACGUUGUAAAUGAAGGGGUCAUCAACAUUGCAUGCGUUGCCCGUGGAGUUUAUCCCCAACCAGAUUUGAUCCUUGAAUACCAUAAUGAACCUAUUUCUCAACAAUACCAACGCGUGUGGCGCGAUAUAAAUUUAUUGUAUGUCACCGAGUGCACAACACAAUUAGUCAUAUCUAAGUGCAGGGAUACAAAUAUUGAAGUUAAAUGUCGGUUAAGCAUACCACAAGUCGACUAUAUUGCUAUUAAGAAGAGAUAUCUACUUUUAGAAGCUGAUGAUUGCAACUUUGCAAGGUACCAAAACCCACCGAAGUUGUCCGUAUUGGUUGCAAUAACAUUUUUUUUAGUUAUGGUAGAAUUUUGA